AUGAGCAGAUCCAGAAGAUUCGAGCUUGUUGAACGUUCACCAUCCUACUUUCUCAAAGAAACCUCCAUUUUCUCUCACCCUCAAACCCUUAUGCUGUUCCCAUGUUUUUCUCCAUUUCCUGUGUUUGAACAAGGUGAGCUCGAUUUCACUCUUGACUUUUUGAACCCUCCCGCAUCCCCGCUUUUUGACCUCCCUUCACCAUUCAGUGACUUUGAGAGUAUUACCGAUCUGAUCCAGAUGGACAAAACCCCGUUCUACACCUCAACUCGCCAAGUCAAGCGUAGAGCUGGGCUCACCUCGGACUUGUACUUUCAAUCUCUCUGUGAUCGGGUUUCAGCUUUGGAGCUGGGGUUUGACCGUCUGGUGAAGGCGGAGGAGAAGAAGAUCGGGGAGAGGAAGUACACAUGGACUGCGGAGAUUAAGAGUCCAGAGAAAGAAGGGGUUGAUAGGAAGUAUAAAUGGACGGCGGAGAUCAAGGAUUCCAAGGAUCACAAGAAGGGUUUGGAGAAGAGUUACAAAUGGACGGCGGAGAUUAAGGGGAAGGGCCGGGAUUCCCCAGUUGAUCGGAUGUACACGAUUAAAGUGUCCAAUGCAAGUGACAGUAGCGGAUCGGAGAAGAAGAAGAAAGAUGAGAAAGCGAAAGAGAAGGCAAAAUCAGCGGGGCCCACAACUCGCACUGUUGAAAUUGAAGAACCAUUUGAUCAUGGGGGCAUUGUUUUAAGGCAGGCCUUUGCCAAGAGAGUGGAAAAAAUCCAGGGGAAGAGGAAGGUAUUGUCUCCACUGGAUGCAGCGACACUGAUACAGUUGAGCUUCAGGGCUUAUCUUAUUCGUAGGUCACAGGUUCUGCGUGCACUUCGGGAACUGGCUAUUGCCAAGACUAAGUUGAAGGAGAUCAGGGCCUUGUUCAACAACUUCUCAUAUCGUCGUCGCAUUUCAUGCGAUGCAGAAGAGCACCAGAGGUUCUCGGAGAAGAUCAUUGUACUCCUUCUCACUGUUGAUGCCAUUGAGGGAGCUGAUUUGAUGGUUCGAUCUGCAAAGAAGCCUAUGGUGGACGAGCUGGAAGCAAUGCUUGAUGUUGUCGACCCCCAGCCUCCUGGAAAGACUCUGCCCAUGCCGAUGAGGAGGACAUUUGAUUUGCCUGAUGGUGCCAUUAAUAAGGAACUUGCAGCGGGCGUUGCACAGGUGAUUCAAAUGAUCGAUCAAGAGGCGAAUGGCUCUGAAAUUGAAGCAUGCUUGUAG